UUUCUUCUCUCUCCAUGUGCAACAUCGGACCGCACUAUUUCAAACUUCAAAGUUCAACUGUACACUCCCAUAUCUUCCCCAAUUUUCCCACAGGAAUCUUGGUCCAAAUUCUCCUGUCAUUUACCUGGACUUAUAUCUAUAUCUUCGAUUUCCUCGAAUUCUUUGCUUCCCGUAGGAAGAAACGCGAUAGUGAAGGCAUUGACUCGAGAGUGAGUGCUGGAAUAUGAAACUCACACCGAGAGAGGUGGAGAAACUGUGUCUUCACAAUGCCGGGUACCUAGCACAGAAGCGUCUCGCUCGUGGUCUAAGACUCAAUUACACUGAAGCUGUGGCUCUCAUUGCUACGCAGAUUCUGGAGUUCGUACGCGAUGGUGAUAAAUCGGUGGCGGAGUUGAUGGACGUUGGGAAACAACUUUUAGGAAGGAGACAAGUUCUUCCUGCUGUACCAUAUCUUUUGGAUUCUGUACAGGUUGAAGGGACCUUUCCUGAUGGCACUAAGUUAAUCACCGUUCAUGAUGCAAUUGCUAGUGAACAUGGAAAUCUGGAGCUAGCUCUACAUGGUUCUUUUCUUCCAGUUCCUUCUCUAGAAAAGUUUCCUUGGGUAGAAGAUAAUAAAAUUCCUGGUGAGAUUAUCUUUGGAGGUGGAAAUAUUACACUUAAUCAUGGAAAAAAAGCAGUAAUCCUCAGAGUUGUCAACACUGGAGACAGGCCAGUUCAGGUUGGCAGCCACUAUCACUUUAUUGAGGUGAAUCCCUACUUGAUUUUUGAUCGACAGAAAGCAUAUGGCAUGCGCCUAAACAUACCAGCAGGGACAGCUACACGAUUCGAGCCUGGGGAAACUAAAAGUGUCAUACUUGUAAGCAUUGGAGGUAAGAAAGUGAUCAGAGGGGGACAUGGCAUUGCUGAUGGUCCAGUUGAUCAUGCUAAAUUUAGAGAAGUCAUGGGAGCUGUAAACUUGAGAGACUUUGGGAAUCUGGAAGAAAAUAAUGCUAGUGAAGGCUUUACUGGAGAACAUUCCGCUUUCAGCAAAAUAAUCUCUCAUGAGGAAUAUGUCAACAAGUAUGGCCCUACCACUGGUGACAAAAUUAAGCUUGGUGAUACAAACCUGUAUGCUGAAAUUGAAAGAGAUGUUGCCAUUUAUGGUGAUGAAUGUGUCUUUGGAGGUGGGAAGGUUAUAAGAGAUGGAAUGGGCCAGUCAUGUGGGCAUCCACCUGCUGUUUCUUUGGAUACAGUUAUUACAAAUGCUGUGAUAAUUGAUUAUAGUGGAAUUUUUAAGGCCGAUAUUGGGAUCAAGGAUGGUCUUAUUGUUUCCCUUGGGAAAGCAGGCAAUCCAGACAUCAUGGAUGGUGUAUUUUCAAAUAUUAUAGGGGUUAACACUGAGGUUAUUGCGGGAGAAGGAAUGAUUGUAACUGCGGGAGCCAUAGACUGUCAUGUCCACUUCAUAUGCCCUCAAUUGGCAUAUGAAGCUAUAUCAAGUGGAACCACAACAUUAGUUGGAGGAGGAACGGGACCUGCUGAUGGAACGCGUGCGACAACUUGUACUCCAGCAAUAUCACAAAUGAAGUUAAUGCUGCAAUCAACUGACGAGAUGCCUCUAAAUUUUGGUUUUACGGGAAAAGGGAACAGUGCAAAACCUGAUGAACUGCAUGAAAUAAUUAGAGCCGGGGCAAUGGGACUGAAGCUGCAUGAGGACUGGGGAACUACUCCUGCCGCAAUAGACAAUGCUUUGAAUGUUGCAGAACAUUAUGACAUCCAGGUUAAUAUCCACACGGACACCUUGAAUGAAUCGGGAUUUGUUGAACAUUCUAUUGCUGCAUUUAAAGGAAGAACUAUUCAUACCUAUCACAGUGAAGGUGCUGGUGGUGGUCAUGCUCCAGAUAUCAUUAAAGUAUGUGGUGUAAAACAUGUCCUGCCAUCAUCUACGAACCCCACACGGCCUUUUACUUUCAACACUAUAGAUGAGCAUCUUGACAUGCUGAUGGUCUGCCAUCACCUCGAUAAAGAUAUUCCAGAAGACGUGGCUUUUGCUGAAUCAAGGAUAAGGGCUGAAACAAUUGCUGCAGAGGAUAUUUUGCAUGAUAUGGGGGCAAUUAGCAUCAUUGCUUCCGAUGCACAAGCUAUGGGUCGCAUUGGAGAGGUGAUAAGCAGAACUUGGCAAACUGCCCACAAGAUGAAGUUACAAAGAGGGUCGAUUGACCCUAGUGGACCAGACAAUGACAAUCUUCGUAUCAAGCGUUACAUUGCUAAAUACACAAUAAAUCCUGCCAUAGCUAAUGGGCUUUCUGAAUAUGUUGGCUCAGUUGAGGUGGGAAAGUUGGCCGAUCUUGUUCUGUGGAAGCCAUCCUUCUUUGGUGCAAAACCAGAAAUGAUAGUAAAAGGUGGUGCAGUUGCGUGGGCUAAUAUGGGCGAUCCAAACGCAAGCAUUCCCACACCUGAACCGGUAAUGAUGAGGCCCAUGUUUGGAGCAUUUGGGAAGGCUGGAAGUGCUCACUCCAUUGCUUUUGUCAGCAAGGCAGCUUUGAAUAUUGGAGUUAAAGCCGCAUACGGACUCAACAAGAGAGUAGAAGCUGUGAGCAAGGUUAGGCAGCUAACCAAAGCUGACAUGAAACUCAACAAUGCUCUUCCAAACAUCACGGUGGACCCAGAGACAUACACGGUCACAGCCGAUGGUGAGGUUCUUACCUGUGCUGCAGCCACCACCGUUCCUCUUUCUCGGAAUUACUUCCUCUUUUAGGCAUAUUGGUAAUAUGUCAGAGCCUCUACCAGUUCAUGUUUUGAAGUAGACUUUCCAAACUGAAAUAAAUGACGAUGCUGCCAAAAUGAACCGAAAUAGCACUUUCCUAA